GUCGUCAAUCGUCAUCCCAUCCCAAAAAAAACACUCUCCUCUUCCCUCCCGACCCGGAGUCGAUAUCUCACCGCGCGAAGAAGAAACCUCGCCGCCACGGCGCCACGCGAGCAAAAACCCUAGCGCGAGCAAGCAAGCGAUAGGGAGACAGAGACCUCAGUUCCUCGCGCAGCGCGGACCCGGCCCGGCCCGACGGCAUGGAGAGCCUCGUCCUCGCCUCCUCCUGCUCCGCGUCCCCACGGCUCCCGCUAAUCUCCUCCGCCGCCCGCUUCCGGAGGCUGCCCGGCUCCGUGCCGCCGCCGACGGUGGCGGCGGCGUCCACCGGCGGUGCCGCGCGGAAAGGGCCCAGGAGGCCCAGGCUCUUCGUCGUCGCCGCCGCGGCUCCUCGCGGAUCCGGGAACGUUUUCGAGGGAUUGAGAGCAAAAGGCUUUGCAAGCGUGUCAUCUUCGACUGGCAAUGAGAAUAUGUCUACUGGAACCGGUACCCUGCCUCCCGUGCCUCCCCCAUCAUCAUACUUUGGUUCACCUGUUUUCUGGAUUGGAGUUGGUGUAGCAUUGUCUGUGGCGUUUACCACGGUCUCUUCCAUGGUAAAGAGAUAUGCCAUGGAACAAGCAUUUAAGUCAAUGAUGACCCAGGCACCACCAAACUCAUUUGGCUCCAACUCGCCUUUCCCAUUUGGCAUGCCACCACAGGCAUCUCCUACUGCACCAAGCAGUUUUCCGUACUUGGAACCAAAGAAAGAUACCUCCCCACAGGUGUCAACUGUUGAUGUCUCAGCUACCGAAGUGGAAGCUGCUGGAACAUCGAAAGAGGUGGAUGUGACUGAAACUCCAGAGCCUUCAAAGAAAUUUGCAUUUGUUGAUGUUUCUCCCGAAGAGUUGCAGCAAAAGAACCUCCAAUCUUCACUGGAGACAGUAGAUGUAAAACAUGAUAGUACAGACAGUGAAAGUAAGGAGGAUAUUGAGGAAAAAGUUCUUCCCACAAAUGGAGCGACUUUUAAGCCGAAUGAAGAUGCUGCUCGUGGGCCAACUGAACCUAGUAACUCGGGACCUAUGCUAUCAGUUGAGACAAUUGAGAAAAUGAUGGAAGAUCCAACUGUGCAGAAGAUGGUGUAUCCCUACUUGCCUGAAGAGAUGAGGAACCCAGAUUCGUUCAAGUGGAUGCUGCAGAAUCCAAUGUACCGUCAACAACUACAGGAUAUGCUAAAUAACAUGGGUGCAUCUCCUGAUCAAUGGGAUAACCGCAUGGUUGAUCACCUGAAGAACUUUGACCUCAGCAGUCCAGAAGUGCGGCAGCAGUUUGCGCAAGUUGGCAUGACUCCCGAGGAAGUGGUAUCGAAAAUAAUGGCAAACCCAGAUGUAGCUGUUGCAUUCCAGAAUCCAAAAAUACAGACAGCCAUCAUGGACUGUUCGCAGAACCCUCUAAACAUUGUAAAAUACCAAAACGACAAGGAGGUCAUGGACGUUUUCAUGAAGAUAUCACAAAUCUUCCCACAAAUUAACGGCUAGCCGAACUUCAUCGCGGGAUUGCAGUUCUGAUUUUUUGUCGGCCCAUCAUCCAUCUCCUGUCUGGAGGACUGCUGCGGUUUCCACGUGUCAAGAAAGGGAACACCUGUUGGGUCAUGACGCUCCAGAUAGAUCCCUCACUGUGUCAAGGUCCUUUGAGUUGCCUAUGUACGUCGUAUGAUGUAGCGGCCUUGGUUUAGCUAUGAGUAUGACCCUACUUUCAUAAAGUCAGUCUAGCGAGCAUAGCAGGGUCAAAGGCUUUUAUUUACAUUUGUAUCGGCAGGCAGUCAGUGCGCUGCUUUGACGUUGCAUGGUUUUAUCUCGUAGGAUGUGGAAGCCGCAGCAGAGGUGGUUCGUAUCAGAUCAAUUUUGCUAUAUAUAAUUGCUAUCAAUGUGUAACAUAUUAGAGACACAAUGGCGAUUCAAGUAAUCUGUUUCGACA